CAUUUUUGACGAAUAAAACCAAUUUAGAUGUCACCACAAUAAGUACAUUUUGGUUACCGCUUACCUGACACUUUUGUCCUGGAGUUAUGACAACUCCUCGCGCAAGAGAUGCGCCGCGCGUGGUUUGCCUCAGUUCGGAGCGCCAACCAAUCAUCUAGCCAGCUUCCCCUCUGAUCACGCGCUGGAUUUACAAUUCCGAGCAGCUGCUUUAAAAAAUAACUUGGAGCGAACGUAACGGUCGCCAUGGGGCAACACGGCGCCAAGACUGUCGGAUUCCUUAGUAGUUUUAAGGUGAUGGGGAAGCAAGGUGCACAUUCGCGCUAGACAAACAACUCAACUACAAGAGAGAAAUGAGUUUGAGGUGAUGAUAAGAUGUUGAGACGGACUGUAUCUCGUUAUACUGGAGAGAGGAGUGAGACGCGCGCUGAUCAACCAGAGGCGACACAGAUUCAUGGCUCAACUGUUCUCAACUUCUGUUGAAAGGCAGCUGGAAUGACUCUCUUUUUACAAGUUGCGUGAAUAACUUUACUAACCAAACCAUCGGAGAACAAGUUUGGUCCGGGAUGCCAGAAAAUAUCGCCUUUCUGACGAACAGCACAGAAUUGGGGCACGUCGGUCGCGCGUUGGGUUCGAGCGCGCGCCCCGCCUGGGCAAUAGCGGUGCUGGCCAGCGUGCUGAUCUUCACCACUGUGGUGGAUGUUUUGGGUAACCUGUUAGUCAUAAUUUCGGUGUUCAGGAAUCGGAAACUGAGAAAUGCUGGUAACGUGUUUGUUGUCAGUCUGGCCUUCGCUGACCUGGUGGUGGCUUUCUAUCCCUACCCGCUGGUGUUGUACGCAAUCUUCCAUGACGGCUGGUCUCUGGGGGACAUCCAGUGUAAAGUCAGCGGCUUCCUAAUGGGCUUGAGCGUGAUCGGCUCUGUUUUCAACAUCACCGGCAUCGCCAUCAACCGUUACUGCUACAUCUGUCACAGUUUUGCCUACGGACGUCUCUACAGCUACCGUAACACGCUGCUGUUAGUGGCCCUGAUCUGGGCGCUCACUGUGCUGGCCAUUCUUCCCAACUUCUUUGUGGGCUCUCUGAGUUACGACCCCCGCGUUUACUCCUGCACCUUCACGCAGACUGCCAGCAGCUCUUACACUGUGGUGGUGGUGGUCGUUCACUUCUUGGUGCCCAUCGCCGUGGUGACCUUCUGCUACCUGAGGAUUUGGGUUCUGGUGAUACAGGUAAGGCGGAAGGUGAAAAGCGAGGAACGCUCCAGGGUGAGGCCCAGCGACAUGCGCAACUUCGUCACCAUGUUCGUGGUGUUUGUUUUGUUCGCGAUCUGCUGGGCUCCCCUCAAUCUCAUCGGACUGGUGGUGGCCAUCAACCCAGAGGUCAUGGCGCCACGUAUUCCAGAGUGGCUCUUUGUGGUCAGCUACUUUAUGGCCUAUUUCAACAGUUGCCUCAACGCCAUCAUUUACGGACUCCUCAAUCGGAACUUCCGAAAGGAGUAUGUACGGAUCAUGACAUCGGUGUGGAUUCCUCGGAGGUUUGUGACUGAGACCUCCAGGGCUGCCACAGAUGGGAUAAGAAGCAAACCCUCGCCAGCCAUCAAUAACAACGAGUGACUUUUAUUUACAGCCAAUCACUGUUCAAAAGGAAACAUCAUGGAUGCAUGAAGCAAAUUUAUACACUUGGAACUGUGAACACUUCACUUUUUUUAAUGCUACAAAACCAUUAUACACAACUCAGGGUGUUUUAUUUUUGAUGUUGUGCUCCAUUCCAAAACACCGAAAUAUUUAACUCGCAAUUUAUAAUGAAAAUUAAAUGAAGUACCUUUUAAAUACAUGUAUGUAUGGACUAUUUAUGAUCCACGACUAUUUAUUGAAGACAUUUUGUACAUUUUUGUGGGUCUGUUGUAUAUAUGUUGUAUAAAUCAGUAUGCUUCACAUCUUUAUCAAUUCAGAAAUUCUGCCUUACACUUGAACUUUCACAUGAAAGAUGUAAAAAAUGCAUUUAUUCAAGGUGCCAAAUGUUAACACAUUGAUAGCAAGUAUCUGAUAUACCAAAUCAGUUUGUCAUCAAACCAAAUGAGAUUCUGAAAGCAUCUUAAUUUAAAUGUAACAUCAACAGCUCUUUAAUGAGCGAAGAGCUUCCAGCAGCAAGAUAAAGCACAAACUUAAAAAAAAGCACCUCAUGCGGAUUCCGCUAAGAAAAUUUGAUCUUUUUCAAAGUGAACGGUGACAGCGUGCGGUCAGUCAGUCUUCAGUUUCAAUUUGUGUUCACCUCUUAUCUUUUAAAAAUUAAAUGUCAUUCAAGACUUUGGGGUUAUUACUUUGCCAGGAAACGUGCAUGACUCUGAAACCAUAUGUUUUCUUGAGCAAAUGAUCUGUGAGCAAAACGCAACCUGAAUUUCAAUUAAGAUAAAGGUUACUGGCAAAAAGGGAAAGUAUUAACGAGACCUGGUUUUUGAAUGUAUUAUUGUUAUCUGUGCUUGUUUUUACUUGAUUUGACAAUGUGCGUUUUAAUCCUCCCGACAUUACGAGACGUUCCAUGCAGUGGGAUUGUGCUGUGUGAGAACAUGCUUCGCCAUUGACCUCAAUAAAACAAAGGAACCGAACUGAUGAAAGCCAAGUCUAUUGGUGAUUGCGCAACCUCUCUCUGGUAUGAAUGGGCGAUGAAGGGAUUAUAUGGAGAGAUUGGGAUGAGCUUGCUCCUUAUGGCCACAUCUGCACAGGGAAUUAUGGGGGAUGUGUGGCUGGCAUCCCAGCAGAUGGGGGACUGAGGUGGUUGAUAACAUAAACACUUGGCCAAGUUGAGAGCAAUCUUGUCAUCAAUCUGCUGAAUGCAUUAUCCAGAGGGGUUUCAGAUAGGGAGUCGGGUUGAAAACCGUAGCAGAGAUUCAAUGGGAGUAGACAAGCCUUUGGAAUAUAGAAUACAAUUAGUGAAAAAACUAAAUGUCAUUGACAAUUUCAGGCUAUUUUGCAAGCUAAAGUAGUCACAGUAAAGCUACUCUUUUGAACAUUACCUACACUCUUAGAAAAUAAGGUCCACUGGGGUUCUAUAUACAGUAAAAGGGCGCUUGACUCAAUUUUAAAGAACCCUUUAUGCCAAAAAGGUUCUAUAUAAGGAGAAAUGUCUUAAAUGAUUGCAUAAUACUCUGAUUUUUAAUGGGUAAUUUCAUUAUUUUCAAGUGAUAAAAUGUGUUUAUGAGCUGUUCAAUACAUAUAAUUGACAAAAUUGAUUAAUUAAAACGAAAUCCUAAAAUGUU